CAGAAUUUGCACGUUUUGUUUCAAAAUACGCUAUAAAUCGCAUGUUUUCUCAAAAACUAAACUAUCGAUUUUGAUUAAAAUUAUUCAGAAUCGUAGAUAAACAUGUCGUCCUCCAGGGCAAGUAGUGCUGCUAGCUCUAACGGCAGCCUCAAAAGUAAAGAAAAGGAGAGAAGUGAGGUGGUUGUCGCGGAUAUCGCAGACUCCGGCGAUGAAAACAAAAGAGCCCGAUCCAGUCCUGAGGACCAGGACGAUGAUGGUAAUCUUGACGAUGAUGCUGCUCAGCGCAGAAGCAGGAGGAAGAAACCAAAGGUUGAAUACAAAGAAAUGGAUGAACAGCUUGCAAACCUUUCUGAGGAGGACUUUGGAGAGGGUGGUGAAAAGAAACCAGCUGCCGACAAACCUAAGCCACCUGAGGAAGUCCCUCCCCCAGUUGAAGAGGAGAGUGACCAUGAAGACCCCACAGGGAAAGCUCUUUCGGAAUUACCAGGUCUUGAGGGAGCAGCCUUUCAGAGUCGUCUUCCCCAUGACAAGAUGACAUCACAAGAAGCCAGCUUCUUCCCCGACAUUGCACAAGGCUCGCCCCAGACGCAAAAGGUGUUCCUCUAUCUGCGCAACAGAAUUUUACAACUUUGGCUAGAGAACCCCAUGCAACAGCUGACAAUAGAGAAUGCCCUACCACAAAUCGAAGCUCCGUAUAACAGUGAUGGGCCAUUGGCCAUGAGGGUGCACGCCUAUCUUGAGAGGCACGGUUAUAUCAACUUCGGUGUGUUUAAACGUCUGAAACCAAUGCCGGUGAAAAGACUUGGUCGUGUCAUCAUAAUCGGCGCAGGCAUUUCCGGUUUGGCAGCAGCGCGACAACUGAAUUCAUUUGGAAUGGAAGUCAUUGUCCUCGAGGCCAGAGAUCGUGUUGGCGGCCGGAUUGCUACGUUCCGUAAAUCUAACUACGUGGCGGAUCUUGGCGCGAUGGUCGUGACGGGGCUCGGCGGGAAUCCGGUGACCGUCCUUAGCAAGCAGGUCAAUAUGGAGUUACAUAAAAUCAAGCAGAGAUGUCCUCUGUAUGAGUCAAAUGGAAAUACACAAGUGCCCAAAGACAAAGACGAAAUGGUUGAGAGGGAAUUCAAUCGCUUGUUGGAGGCCACGUCCUACAUGUCACACCAAAUGGACCUGAACUUUAUCAUGGGGAAAGCGGUCACACUUGGACAGUCACUGGAGCUCGUUAUUAAGUUGCAGGAGAAACAUGUCAAAGAAAAACAGAUCCAGUAUCAGAAAAAUAUUAUAGAACUUCAGGAAAAGCUCAAGAAAAAUCAGACUUCAAUGAUACAGCUAAAAGAGAGGAUAUCGAAUCUCAACAAACAAUACAAGGAGGCGUCGGAAUCGAAACAAAGUCGAGAUAUCACAGGGGAGUUUUUCCUACGCAGCAAACUCAGGGACUUGAAUUCGACGUGUAAGGAAUGGGACCAACUGGCAGCACAACAGAAAGAAAUUGAAGAAAAACUCCAAGAACUUGAGAACACACCGCCAAGUGAUGUGUACUUGUCCUCACGUGAUCGCCAGAUCCUCGACUGGCACUUUGCCAACCUUGAAUUUGCCAAUGCCACACCCCUCUCCACGUUAUCACUCAAGCACUGGGAUCAAGAUGACGACUUUGAAUUCACUGGGAGUCAUUUGACAGUGCGGAAUGGUUAUUCGUGUGUGCCAGUGGCUCUGUCCGAAGGUUUGGAUAUCAAACUGAAUACAGGGGUCCGACAAGUCAGAUACUCGCAGCAAGGCAUAGAAGUCGUGACCACAAAUUCGCGGAACAACAGUAACCCAGUGACGUACAAAGGAGACGCCGUGCUGUGUACUCUUCCCCUGGGUGUCCUGAAGGAGUCGGCACGGGGCAAUGCCAUGAAUUCCGUACAGUUUGUUCCACCACUGCCCGAUUGGAAGACUGCUGCAAUUCAGCGCAUGGGCUAUGGAAAUCUGAACAAGGUUGUGCUAUGUUUUGACCGCGUCUUCUGGGAUCCCAACGCCAAUCUGUUCGGCCAUGUUGGCAGCACCACAGCAAGUCGUGGCGAACUCUUCCUCUUCUGGAACCUGUACAAGGCGCCCGUUCUACUCGCCUUGGUCGCGGGCGAGGCAGCAGCGAUCAUGGAAAACGUCAGCGAUGACGUCAUUGUGGGAAGAUCGAUCGCUGUUCUGAAGAGUAUAUUUGGAAACAGUGCCGUACCUCAGCCAAAAGAGACGGUUGUGACUCGAUGGAGAGCAGAUCCUUGGUCCAGAGGGUCAUAUUCAUAUGUAGCAGCUGGAUCGUCGGGAAAUGACUAUGAUCUCAUGGCGAGUCCGGUAGCGGCAGGCCCAGUCACCCCCGGCGCCCCUCAGAGCGCCGCAUCAAUGCCACGGUUAUUCUUUGCCGGCGAACACACAAUACGCAACUACCCUGCCACGGUGCACGGAGCAUGGUUGAGCGGAUUACGAGAGGCUGGGAGAAUUGCGGAUCAGUUCCUUGGCGCCCCCUAUGCUAUGCCUCAGUUACCACCAGUCACUGCCAACUUGCCGAUGCCAAUGCCACAGGCAGGUGAAUACCAACAGAAGCCACCACAGGCGGAGGUGACAAGAGCGUAGCUUAUGAACGCAAUGACACUUAGUGGGUAUCAUUGAUUGUCUUAUACCUCUGUUGUGUGUACGCAAUGCUGACAUUUCUGAAGAUCUGACCCACAUGUUCAGUGCUAGCGAUUGUCACAUUCUUGGCACCAAUUUUCGGCCACUUGUUUCGAUGCAGCUGAACUUUUAUCAUUGCUGUCAAUGACAUGCGAGUGAAUUUGGAAAUGACCUGUUUGUCCUUCAUGUCACACGUGAAAGUGAACAGUGUCACAUUACUUGUGAACAUGCGAACUCUUUUUAAUCGCAGCCUUACAAGUGCCAAUGUGAACUUUAUGUGAACUAGGCAAAUGAACACUGAACUGUGCUAACUAACUUUGUAUUCCAAUUGCAUUUCCCUGCCAAUGGUUAAGGUCCUCAUUGUAGUGUACAUAUUGAGUUUAACUUUUUAAUUGUGGUGAGUAGGGACAGAAAUACUGUGAACUGCAAAUAUUUCACAGGCGUUUAUUUUCAGAUUUUUUGAAUCAACUCAAUUCGCGAAAAUAAAAUUGCGAAAGAAUAUUUUUGAUUGGAAAAACUACAAAAAAGUUCGUGAUCUGCCAAAAAGUCAAAACAAUUUUUCUUCUUUGCAAAUCAAGAAAUUUAGCGGUUAAAAUUACAGUCACUGGUUCCAAGUCUGGAUGUCUGCCGAUAUAGAUGUUAGGAUUCUCUCCUACAUGUGUGACCAUUGUAAAACUGAAUGUACAUGUGUGUAAAAGAACUUUUCAUAUUAUUCUUCGUCAUUUUGUGCUGUAUGGUCGUUUGUCAUUUGUCAAGAAAGCAUAUCUUUUAGAUGCUUCCAAUGUCACAAGUAAGGUUAAUCAAUUUAAGAACUGUUGGGCAGCAAAUGUGAAAAAAUUACUAGACACCUCUGGGCUCGGCUACAUGUGGCUUGCUCAAGCAAAUGUUAAUAUUGACAAUUGGCAAUCUUUCUACUCAUUAGCUCAACACAGGUUAAAUGAUAUUAGUCAACAGGAUGUUUUUAGUGCUAUAUCUGCCAACAAAAAAUUGGAGGUCUACAAAAAUCUUAAUGUUAAAUUUGAAAUCCAACCCUAUAUAAAUAAUAUAAAGUCAGUUAAAGAUAGAGCCUGUAUAACAAAAUUAAGGCUAGAAGCCCAUAAGCUAAAAAUUGAGACAGGUAGACAUUCUGGUAUGGACAGGACUGAGAGAACAUGCGAUGUCUGUGCAAAUCUGGUGAAAUUGAAGACGUAUCUCAUUUUCUUACCACAUGUUCAGCCUAUGACUCUUUAAGAGUAAAAUUGUAUGAAAUUACCAGUAUAUCUCCUCAAAACAUGUCCUCCCACAAAUGUGUAAUGAAUCAGCUGUUGAACUGCCCUUCGUCUUCCUCAGCUGAACUAAUUAGUGGGUCCUUUGGAGUGCGCAAUUCAAUAUUAUCACUAUAGGUUGACAAUGAUCCAUUUCUCUUUAGUUCGCAUGUUAAUUCAAUGAUAAUAAUUAAUUAAUUAAUCCUUUUUGUAGCGGCUCCCAUAGUGGAGCACCUUGCUCCUUCGAGGAAUUAUACUUGCAUAUAUUCUAGAAGGAAUAAAUCCUUAUUCAAGAUAUGCUCAAGCCUGCUUAAAGCGCUCUUGUAAUUAGUUUAUAUAAUAAGACUACCAAGUUGUUAUUAUUACUGGUAUUCAUAUUAUACGUUGUAUAGCUUUCUAUUUCACAUGUAAUACAUAUUUUUUAUUCUACUUUAUCUUAUUUUGUACUGUAUAUUUGCUCGAAAUUAUUCUUUAUUACCAUAUACCCCUAGAGGGUAUUUUAGUGUAAUGAAAUCAAUUUGAAUUUGUUUGUAGAUAGAAACAUUUGGUUCUUGGGUGUCCAGCUAGCAACACCAAAGUAGUCGAUUGUAAAUGAAUCUUAAUUUAUAUUUACAUGUAUAUGUAUAUGUAUCAAUUUGUACUG